AUGUCACAGCCAUGGGAUUAUAUUGCUAAGCUUGUCUGCAUUGGUGACUCAGGCACCGGCAAGUCCAGCCUCACCAUCCGCCUUUGUGAAGGUCGCUUCUCCCCCUCUCACGAUGUCACGAUCGGUGUCGAGUUUGGAUCAAGGAUUGUGCCAGUUGGACCACCAGCUUCACUAGAGCUUGGUCUAGAUGACCACGCUCGCCGCUCAUCUGGACCUGCUGACGAGGCGUCAACGGAGGAGUCGACAGCUACCGGUCUACCUACUCCGCCACGAAAGCCGCAGGAUGCGUCCCCCCAGAAGCGCAUGAAGCUAUCCCUCUGGGAUACUGCUGGCCAAGAGACCUACAAAUCCAUCACACGCUCUUAUUUCCGUGGCGCUUCCGGCGCCCUACUCGUGUUCGACAUCUCGCGACGCUCAACCUUUGUAUCGUGUACCCAGUGGCUCCAGGACUUAAGGCAAAUCGCAGAGGAUGGUAUUGUUGUCAUUCUGGUCGGAAACAAGACCGAUUUGGCCGAUCAGCAAGCAGAAUCCAAUCAGCGACAAGUUACCCGAGAGGAAGCUGAGGAAUGGUGUUCUAUGAAUAAUAUUGUUCGUUAUGUGGAGACCAGUGCCAAAUCUGGAGAUGGUGUGGAGCGUGCCUUUUUGGAAGUUGCAGAACGUAUCUAUCGCAACAUCGAAGCAGGUCAAUACGACCUCAAUGACCGGCGUAGUGGAGUGAAAGGGUUUGGCGCCUCUGGAGGUGCGAAUACCGGCGUGCCGAGAACAGUGACGCUGGGAUUGGAUGAUGCAAUGCGCAAGGGCAGUGGCUGGACUGGGAAUUGUUGCUAG